AUGGAAAGAAUAAAAAGACAAAAAACUGAUAUUAUUGAAAAUUAUUAUAAUGAAAAUAAAAAACAAAAAUUACAAGAUCAAAAUAAUAAUAAAAAUAAAUUACUUUUUGAAAAUUUAUCAAAUGAAAUUAUCUACGAAAUAUUUGAUUAUCUUGGUAUAUAUUAUGCUUAUCAUAGAUUUUUUAAUCUUAAUCAACGAUUUAAUAAUUUCUUUAUUAAUUCAAAUCUUCAUAUUCAAAUUGAUAUUUCAUCAAUGUCAAAAUUAAAUUUUGAACAAUAUUAUAAAGAUAUUAUUCUACCAAAUAAACAUCGAAUAAAUUAUCUUCGUUUAUCAAAUGUAUUUACAGUUGAUAUUAUUUUCUCACCACCACGUCUUAUUUCAAAGUUUUUUCAACUUGAAACAUUAGUUUUUGAUAAUAUCAAUACAAGAUAUCUUAAUAAUAUUCUUCAUCAUUUAAUUAUCUUACCAGAAUUACAUUCAUUAACAAUUAAUCUAACUGAUUAUAUUCAAAAUUCAACUCUUUUUUAUCUUCAAUUAUUUCAUUUACCAAAAUUAAAAUAUUGUAAAAUUCAAUUUGAAUCAAAAGAUGAACAACAAUUAUUACCUCGAUGUAUUAAUGAAUUUAGUUCAAUUGAAUAUUUUAUAAUUAAAAAUUGUUUUCAAUUUCAAUUAUUGAAUAAUUUCUUAUCUUAUCUACCACGAAUUUGUCAUUUAUCUAUUGAUUAUCUUAAUGGAAUUGAUUUCAAGGAUAUUGAAUUAUAUCCAUUACCAUUAAAAUAUUUAAAAUAUGUUUCACUUGAACUUGACUUAGUUUAUUUUAAUCGAUUUGAACAAUUAAUCAAGAAUUUCUUUUAUCAUAUUGAAAUUUUACGUUUUACAUCAAAAUAUGAUUCAAGAUAUUUAAAUGCAGAAAUAUGGGAAAAAUUAAUUAUAUCUUAUAUGCCAUAUUUACGUGUUUUUGAUGUUAAUCAUGAUGGUUCUAUUCAACAUAAUCUUUCAAGAUAUCAUAAUUGGAUUGAUCAAUUUAAUUCUUCAUUUUGGACUAAAAAACAAUGGUUUUUUACACAUCAACAUGAUUGGCAAGAUACUAUUGGAAGUGGAAUCUUUUAUUCAACAAAUCCAUAUCGAAGAAAAGAUUAUACAUUUAUUUGGGAAUUAAAUAAAAAAUUUUGUUCAGAUUAUAAACAAACAAAUUUUAGUUCAGUCAAACAUGUUCGUGUUUCUAAUUUAGUAGAAUCUAAUACUUCAACAAAUUAUUUUCCCAAUGCUACUCAAUUGACUAUUAAACAUGAUUUAGAAACACUUCCUCAUUCAAUUUCAAUAAUUCUCAAUCGUAUUGUUCCUUUAGCAAAACUUACAAAAUUAAUCUUUAUUUAUUCUUAUGAUUUUCCUUUUGAACAAUCGAUUGAAUUAUUAGGUUUUACACCUAAUUUGCAUACUUUAAAAUAUGAUGUAAUAAUUUUCAAUGAAACAAAUUCAAAAUUAAUUCAACAAAAUAAUAUUUUUCAAUAUGUAUCAAAAAUAAAUAAAAUCAAAAAUUUAGAAAUUCAUCAAAGUUCUACAUUAGAAGAAAUUAAAAUGAUUGUUAAUUUAUUUCCUCAAUUAGAAUAUUUUAAAACUAAAAUGAUAAGAAAAGAAAUUGAAUUAAUUAUACGAUUUUUAUUAUCAAAAAAUAAUCAUCAAAUAUAUCAUUUAUAUUAUUUAUGUAUUUUAGAAAUACCAAAAAUAUAUUUAAAAAAAUUAAAUAUGUUAAUUAAAUUAGAAAAUUUACUUGAUGAUUAUUCAAUUAAAUUGAUUAAUCGUGAUUUGUAUUUAUGGUGGUAG